CAGGACAUCUGACCACAAGGGAGAAUUGAGAGGACGGGGGGGGGUUGAAGGGAUGAAGACUUACCAGUUACUGAAAGGGCACGAGUGAUGAUAGAAUGAGAUGGUCAAUGGGGAGGGUGGAUGGAUGGAUGGUGGAUGGGGGGAAGGAUGGGAGAAAGAAGGAGAGAAGAGGGGGGGACAGAGGAAGAAGAAAAGGGACGAUACGAGCAAAGCAGAGCAGGUGACUUUGAUGGGCCAACCCAGAAUUGAGACAGUCUUCCUUGGAGUGGAAGGUGCGGGAGGGAAGUCUGGCAGUCUGGGGCACGGCAAUAAUGGAUGUGGGUUCCCUGACGUACUUUCCCUCCAGUACAGUCUGUCUGUCAUGGAUACUUUAGUAGUAGCUACUACCUACUUUACUAGUAGUAUGUACUUCCUCGCCCACUACAUACGUACCAUACCACCUAGGGACAGUCAUACAACAAUAACAGUACACUCCCUGAGCUUGUCCAUCAUCAUCAUCAUCAUUCACUACCGCGAUGCCACCCUACUAGGUAGCUAAGAUGUACUUCGUACAGGGGAGUGAACGGUGGUGUGUUCCGACUGACAGGGAGCAAAGGGGUGGGAUGAUGGACCCCAAUAGAUGGUUGGAUGGCUGAUGUAGGGAUGAUCUCCGCAUCGGGGCGCGUCGCAUCACCAUCCGACCCAUCACCUGAUGGUUGUACGGCGAUGGGCCACUAAGGCUGCACCCCGCAUUCCCGCCCGCU